AUGGAGGAGGAUAUUGAUGAAAAGAUCAGCAUAAAAAAAGGACAGGAUGCACUUCAGGCGACAGAGAAGCCCUUCUAUGAUAUUCUUGGGAAGGCAUACCCAUCUUCAUCUAAGGAGACAGCAAUUAACGGUGACAGUCAAGCAGAUUACCCUGAUAAUGGUAGCAGCAGUUAUCAUGAACAGGCAUGUAGUGGUAGCUUUGUUAGUGAUCUCCUUGGGUCACAGGAUGCGCAUUCGAUAACCACCGACUGGUCUUCUGAAUUUGACCGUUUGGCUUUGCAAUUCAGGAGAGGUGUUGAGGAAGCAAAGAGGUUCAUUCCAAAUAUUGAAAAGUUGGUGGAUGAUCCAGAGAAGAAUGGUCUUUAUGCUUGCAAACAAACAACAGAGACAACAGAACAGAAGGGCAAGCAUGAGAACAAAAUAAGGAAUCAUCCUCAUGAUCCUCAUGUUGAGCACAUAGAGUUGAUGGAAGCAAGGAACAGUAAGCAUAUGGCCAUCUCCACUAGUGAAACAAUACGGGAUGAAAUGUUUGAUAGUAUUCUGCUCUGCAAUAGGCAGCUCCCUGGUGAAGUUGCUAACCUUAGAGGAAUGAUGGCAAAAGAAGCAAGCGACAACCCAAAGAAAUUUCAAAGCAAAGGAUAUGGAAAAGGGCAAAGGAAGCCACACAGUAGUAAGAAGAAACAGAAAGAGGCAAUAGAUCUCAGUGUUCUUCUCAUCCAAUGUGCACAAGCGAUAGCAUCUAACAACCAUCCCUUUGCUAGUGAGCUACUGAGGAAAAUAAGGCAUCACGCUUUGCCAGAUGGAGAUGGUUCUCAGAGGCUAGCAAACUGCUUUGCAGAUGGCCUCGAGGCUCGCUUGGCUGGGACUGGGAGUCAAAUGUACGAAAAACUGAUGGCGAAACAAACGAGCACCAGAGACAUGCUAAAGGCCUAUCAUCUAUAUUUUGUAGCAUGCCCUUUUGAGAUGGUAACAUACUACUUCUCCAACAAAACCAUCAUUGAUGCAUUGGAGGGGAAAACAACAUUGCAUAUCGUUGAUUUUGGCAUCCUCUUCGGCUUUCAGUGGCCAUGUCUAAUUCAGCGACUUGCAAAGCGAGAAGGUGGCCCCCCUAAGCUUCGUAUCACAGGUGUAGAUGUACCCCAGCCUGGUUUUCGCCCUCAUGAAAGGAUUGAGGAGACUGGAAAGCGGUUGGCAGAGUAUGCAAAUAUGUUCAACGUACCUUUCCAGUAUCAUGGCAUUGCUUCAAGAUGGGAAACUAUCUGCAUCGAGGAUCUCAGUAUUGACAAGGAUGAGGUACUCAUAAUCAACUGCAUGUCACGAAUGAGAAAGCUAGGUGAUGAGACAGAAAACAUUGAUAGUGCAAGGGAUAGGGUACUACACAUGAUGAAGAGGAUGAACCCGCAGGUUUUCAUUCUUGGUGUUGUGAAUGGAUUGUACAGCUCCCCAUUCUUUCUGACUAGAUUCAGAGAGGUUUUAUUCCAUUACUCAUCACUUUUUGAUAUGCUCGACAACAAUGUUCCUAGGAACCAUGAAGCAAGGAUAUUGGUAGAGAAGGAUCUCUUUGGGAAUGAUGCACUUAAUGCUGUAGCAUGCGAAGGUGCAGAAAGGAUUGAGAGGCCAGAAAGCUACAAACAGUGGCAAAUGAGGAUCCUCAGGGCUGGGUUCAAGCAACGUCCUGUUAAUCAAGCCAUUCUGAAUAGAUCAGUACAUUACAAGGAAUUUUAUCAUGAAGACUUUGUAAUUGAUGAAGAUAGUGGCUGGCUGCUGCAGGGAUGGAAGGGGAGGAUAAUACAGGCACUGUCAACAUGGAAAGUGGAAACCUAGGUGAUCAUGUGGUAAUCAGAAAGACCAAAGCAGAUCUCAAUCAGUCUCCAAUAUUCUCAAAAGCUAGUUAUGCAAUCAUCAGCAUAAGGGUUCUAAGUAUUGCAAUUUAUUUCUUGUGUUGAUGGAUAUUGGAGAUGAUCUUGGAAGAUGGCUUGGUUUUCCGACUUAUGUUUGCUCUCUGUAUUUUUCCAAUUAAUACGAACAAGGAGUUCUCGGUAGGGGUGGGUAACUAAAUUUGCUCUUAACAUACUCUUACUGUGAAUGCAUUACUAUAGCAAUCAUCUGUAUUUCUCUUAAAUGAUUUGAAGAUAUUGAAUGAUUGAGUAAUAAGUAACUGCCUUUGUUAUAUUGGUAUGCAAUUAGCGAACUUUUUUUUUCUCAAAACAGUACCAGGUAACAAAAAGAUCACAGAUAAUUAAAAAUAUAUGCAGAAUCAACUGCCUACUAAUACAAGGAUGAA